AUGGACCCACAUGGAGCUAUACAGACUUUGUGCACGAGGCAGGAUAAACAUCGUUCAAGUUUGCUUUUGGAUGCUAAUUUGGAAGGCGAGGAAGUACCAGGUGUAUUGACUUGUCGUAACCGAGACAAAGGUCUGCUUGAAGGAGGGGUAGAUGGGUUAGAUCCACGAAUUCUCGCUUAUAUCACUGAUGGGUUAGAUGGGCUGCUUCGGGUCCCACAUAUGGACAUUGACCACGCAUUGAUCACAGCGUUGGUGGAGAGAUGGCGGCCGGAGACGCACUCAUUUCACUUGCCCCACGGUGAGAUGACCAUCACACUACAAGAUAUGGAGGUUAUAAUGGGGGUACCUGUAGAUGGCUUGCCGUUGGUGGAAUCUAUACCCUCGACGGGUAGUUGGCGUGACGUCUGCAGAAGAUUGCUAGGGCGUAUACCGCCAAAUAGAGAACUUAGAAAGAACAGAAAGAACACCGGAGUGCUGGAAGGGGCGAGCAUAAAAGCCAAAUGGCUUGAGGAUCAGUUUCGCGACCCUCUCCCGGUUGACGCCCCUGAGGCGCUGGUGCAGAAGUAUGCUCGUUUUUACAUAUUGGAGUUGUUAGGUGGUACCCUAUUUAUGGAUAAGUCUGGAGAACGGAUCUCAGUUAGGUAUUUGCAAUAUUUCGAUCCAAUCAGCAAUGGAAAGAAGUAUAGUUGGGGUAGUGCAGCACUAAGUUGGCUCUAUAGACACCUCUGUAAGGCAUCAGAGAAGACAACCAAGCAGAUUGGGGGUGCACUACUAUUGGUGCAGUUGUGGGCGUGGGCGAGGUUUCCCCACAUAUGUCCUGUGAUGAGGCAUCCACACCAGGCACUACCUCCAGGUCCACUUGCUGUCAGAUGGAAAGGGGCUAAGAUAACAACUGAACAUUCGAUGCACGUCCUACAUGCCUAUCGUGUGUCGCUUACUUCACUGCGGCCAAAUCAGAUUGUUUGGGAGCCGUACAGAAAUUAUUUGCUUUCUCUACCCGCAUAUUGUACGGCAGGCCAACGUAUAUGGAGGUCUAUUGUGCCGCUGAUACAUUUUUGGGUGGUUGAAGGCCAUCAUCCCGAACGUGUUCUCCGACAGUUUGGGAUGAAGCAAGGCAUACCACAAGAUGUUGAUACUUCAAUUGAACUGCACAAGAUCACCCUCCAAGAAUUGCCAAUGCACCGACCUUUCAUGGGGAGAUGA